AGUCUUGAAUCUCCUCAUUGAACAGUAUGGUACGCACUGGUUGGAAAGCUGUAGAGGAGCUAGUGCAGAUUUCCAGAAGUCCCCAGGAAUAGCACCACUAGCAAAAGCUUUCAUCAUGGGGGACAUGAAAACCCCAGAUUUUGAUGACCUCUUGGCUGCUUUUGACAUCCCUGAUCCAACUAGCCUUGAUGCCAAGGAAACCAUCCCGUCAGCUGGGGAGGAGAACGAGAAUCACCUGAAGUCAUCAGGAAUCUGCAUAGAUGAAAACGUGUCCUUAUCUCAUUCUUUACCUCCCUCUGAUGCUCCUGUUGUGAGUGUGAUAGUGAAGAACACAAGUCGCCAGGAGUCCUUUGAAGCAGAAAAGGAGGGGAAUCACCUCGGGACUGGUCUGCUACACAACGGGUUUCGUGGGUCUGAUCUGCCAUCGGAGGCUCACACUUUAGUGCAUAAUUAUGGCAAGUUUGAGUCAACUUUUAUUAAUGGUGACAGCUCAAGAAGUUACUGUGAUAAACUGGAUCAGUCCAGAUCGGAGCCUUUGCCAACGUUCAGUCAGUUUAGCCCGAUUUCCAGCCCUGAACCAGAGGAUGCAUUCAAAGAGAACAGUAUUGGUGAUAAACCCAAACAUGCCCAAACUCCGUAUUUUCCACCACCUUCAAUGUAUCUCCCAACAGGAGCUUCAGUACUAGAUCAUCUUAGGAAGGUACCAGAGCCUGAAUUAAGCAUGUUUGAUCAAUACUGUAAAAAGGAACAGAAGAUGGAAAUCCACUGCCACCCAGAGACUAGGCUGGAAAUGAGCAGGAGAGAACAAGACAAAGCGACGGAGAGGUUUGUGGAGUCAGGCAAGGACUUGGUAGAUACCAAUAGCUUUCUUGGAGAAGGCUUGGUGUUUGGAGACCUCCCUCACAGUAAUUUAGGAGAAAGUAAGGGCUCUGUGCCCGAGCUGAACAUGUCUUCGUCAGUACCGCCUCGCCAGAGGUUAAAGCCAACUCAUUCAAAGUUGUCAUCCUGCGUGGCGGCGUUAGUAGCUCUUCAGGCCAAAAAGGUUGCGUGUAUUCCAAAAGGUGAUCAGCCAAACCUUACCAAGGAACCUGGUCCUUUUAAAGAUGGGAUGAAGGGGAGUCCAAAAAUGCCCAAGUCGCCAAAGAGUCCCCGAAGCCCCUUAGAGGUGGUGAGGAAGGCCAGCAAACAGCCUGAGAGUCCUCCAAGUGUGUGCAGUGACAGCAGUGGGAAAGGCUCUCCUUCCAUGGCAGCCGGCUCUCCGCCAGCUAUUCCAAAAGUUAGAAUAAAGACUAUCAAGACAUCCUCUGGUGAAAUUAAAAGAACUGUAACUAGAAUUUUGCCAGAAAACGAUGAGUUGGGCAAACCUUCAGAAGAGUCGCCUGUAGAAACCUCAUCUGCCGAAGAGUUUAUCAAAUCUUUCCCGUCCCCUGACACUAGUGCAGUUAUGGAAAGCGAGGCUAGCAAGAAUUCAACCAAAAAUGGGGCUGCUGUGGCUAUCCAGCUGUCAAACGUAGCGAGUCCUUACGCAGAUGGUAUGAAAACAGAUAUUGCUGCAAACACCAUGUGUACUGUGUCCUUAUCUCCGCUGCCAAACUGUGGCAGCAGUGCCAUAAAAGUUGGCAUUAAGAGGCAGCAGCAGGGUAUCGUGGUGCAGCCGUCCAACGUGACCACUUCUAGCCUUCUUCCCAAAGCUGUGCACUUGGCAAAUCUCAACUUGGUCCCACAUAGUGUUGCUGCUUCUGUUACGGCAAAGUCAUCCGCACAGAGGCGAAAUCAGCCUCAGGUGACACAGAUGUCCGUGCCGCUGGUGCACCAAGUCAAGAAAGCUGCACCCAUCAUUGUGGAGGCGUUUAAUAAAGUACUACAGAGUGCCAACCCGGUGCCAAUAUAUACUCCAAACCUUAGCCCUCCGCCUGACACCAGUAUUAAUUUACCUGCCUCUGGGUAUUGUUGCCUGGAAUGUGGGGACUCUUUUGCCUUAGAGAAAAGUCUGACUCAACACUAUAGUAGACGAAGCGUUCAUAUUGAAGUCAUGUGCACUCAGUGUUCAACUAUGCUUCUUUUUUUUAAUAAGUGUAGCUUGCUUAAACAUGCCAGAGAUCAUAAGAGCAAAGGAUUUAUCAUGCAGUGUUCACAGCUGCUAAUGAAACCAAUUUCCUUAGACCAAAUGUUUUCACCUUCUCCUACAAGCUCUUCAGCCUCUCCGGCUCCUGAGACUUUGCACUCGCCCUCUCCUUCGUGUAAGCCCAGUGCUGCUUCGGGAGGUGGGGCUGGAAUUUCUGCUAACACUCAGCCAGCCUUGCCUCUCUAUACAGACCCGUUGACACUAAUCCGUCAUGGACUUAAGUGUUUAGAGUGUAACAAGCAGGCACAGGAUUACGUUGCUUUAGCAGCUCAUUACCAGAGAACCUCAGAAGAUAAUGUGAGACUG